AUGGAACAAUUGAGGAAGGAGUUUCAAAAGUUAGAUUCUAGGAAAGAUGGGAAAUGCGAUCCAUCACAAUUUAAAAAAGUUUUAUCAAGAUUUGGUGUUACAAGUGGAAUUAAUAAUGUUGUUAAACGAUUUAGUAAUGAAGGCUUGGUAAAUUAUAAUGAUUUUCUUGGAUAUUUUGAGGAAUCAAGAACAAUAAGAAAGCAGGCGACAAUCAAACAAAAUGAUAUAACACCAUCUCCUCAACAAACUUCUCCACGACCAAUAGAAAAACCAAGCCCUAGCCAAAAGCCUCAAGUUAAAAAGGUUGAAAACAUUGAAUCAAAACUAUAUACUCUUCGUACCAAUAUUGAAAAGGAUUUAAAAAACAUUGAUAAGAAUAAUAGUGGUUCGGUACCUGUUGAAAAUUUCAAGAAUGUUCUUGGAAAGUGUUUCGAGAAUCAAGAUGUUAUUAAAUCCAUUGUAGGAAGCGUUUCAAAUGGUAAAACAGUGAAUUAUGAGCUGUUUCUCUCUUUAAUUUCAUCUCCACCUUCAUCAGAAAUUGUUUCUUCUACAAUAGAGCAAGGUAGCAAGUCUGAUAAGAGAGUGUUUAAUAAUGGAUCCAAAAUGAUGGAACAUUUCAAAUCUUCGGAUCCUUUAAGGUCAGGUCUUGUUGACGAGACUUACUUUAACAAUGUAAUUUCCAAAUAUGUUGAUCCAUUUAAAGCAGAGAAGUUUCAAGAAAAAGUAGCUCAUCAUUCUUUUGAUGGAAAAGUGGACUAUAAUGCUUUUAUGACCAAUUUUGCAGAAUUAAGCACUGAUGAGGAGGAAUUAAGAGGUAUCAAGUGUUUCCCUAGACCUCCUUCAUGUAUUUUAGAUAGCAAUAUCACAUAUCCAAACUUGAAAGGAUUGGCAACAUUCCCGAGAAAAGAUUCAUUAGGUACUUUAUUAAGUACAGACUUACCAAGUCCUUCAACACAAUCAAUCAAUGAUAUAACUAAACCAUCUCCAACUUACUAUUCACGGAUUUUUGCACCUCCAGAUCCAUUUAGAGAAUUCGAGCAAAAAGAUAUUGUUUUACAAUUUUCAGAAUAUGAUGGUUCAGAAGAGGGACCAAAAAAAAGAGGUAAAAAAAUAAGUCAACCUUUGGAAAGAGAUGAAAAGUCUCCUAGAAAGAGACAAAUUAGUGGAUCAGAAAAGGAAUCUGACGAUAAUCCUUUAAGUAUAUCUUCUGUUCAAACAACAUAUGAAAAAAUAAUGGAAACUAAGAAGAAGAACAAUGAUAUGAGGGAAGGAUUGAGGAAAGUGAAGGAAGUGUUCAAAAAGAAUAAGAAUAUUUCAUCAUCCCUUACAGAAACUCUUGAUGGAAUGGGUCAAUUAAAACCUUCUGAUUUGGAUAAGUUUUUAUCAAAGAAUGGAGUAACUUUAUCAGAGGAUCAAUUAACCUUUGUGGUGCAGAAAUGUGAUAGAAACGGUGAUGGAAUGUUGGACUAUUUUGAUAUUGCCAAUAAUUUACUUCACGAUACAUCUCAUGUUAAUGCUUUUGAUAGUCAUCUUUCAUUGAAUGGAUCUGUGAAAGAUGGAAGUUUUGAACAAUCCCCAGCAUCUCCGAGAAAAAUACUUAACAAAGCUCAAAUACAAUCCCCAGACUUUAAGAUUGAUUCUUCGAAACCAAAUCCAAUGAAAACACUUGAACAUAUUCAACACGCUAUUGCAGAUAUCGAUGAAAAUCUUAAAACUCCUGUAAAAUUAAAAGAGAGAACUGAAAUGGAAACACCAAUUCAAACACCAAUCAAUCUAACUGAUAUAUUCGACUCACUCAAAGAUGUAAUUGUACAAUCCCCAGUUAUUGAAACACCAAAAUCUAAAACUGUAGAAACACCAAAAACUCAAUCAACAAUCAAGAAGAAAGAAAUCCUAUCCACAUCAAAGGAAGUAAGAGAGGUGAAGGAAGUUGACAGAGCUCUCGUUAAGAAAAUUUCUGAAAAAAUCAAAAUUUCAAAAACAAUGCAACAAGCUUUCCAAUAUUUUGAUAAGGACAGAGAUGGAAAUAUUACACCUGAGGAAUUUUCAAAUGGGUUAUCAAACAUGGGAUUCACUGUAACAAAAUCAGAAGCAUCACAAAUUAUGGGACUUGUUUCAUCUGAUCCAAAACUAUCAUAUGCCAAUUUCUCCAAACUAGUUGAAGAUUCUUACUGGGAUAAAUUUCCUGAAAGCAAACAAAGAAGUCCUAAAUCAACACCAAAGAAAGUAAUUAAUAGAUCUGAUGAAAUUGUAAACAAGAAAAUAAGAUCAGAAUUGAUGGACUAUAGUUCACUUAGACCUGCUCAAAUUAGAGAAUCAAUGAGAACAUUUGAUAAGGAGAGAAAUUCUUGGUUACCUCCUGAUAAGUUUAAAAAAGCUCUCAAGGUAAUUAAUCCAAAUUUAUCAGAAUGGAUGAUUGAUAGAGCAGUUAGACAAAGUUUGAUAGACACUGGGAAGUGUGAUUACAACAAAUUCUUUGAUAAUGUUGGAUUUGAUUUACCUAGCGACGAGAUUGAAUUUAGAAAUAUUCCAAAUGUAAGAAAUUACAAAAGAGAUACAAUUUUGGAUUUGAGUGAUGUUCGUGAUCCUUUGUUGUGUUUGGAGAUUAAUAAUUUUGGAAGAAUAACUAAUAAUAGUGUAACAAUAGGAUCUGGAGAAAUUAUUUCACACAAUACACCAGUUAAAGGAGAUUAUCCUCUUGAGAAACAUCUCGGUAGAAAGAGUGCAGGUAAACCACUACCUGAUACAUUCAAUGUUUCAGAUAUGGAACCACAACAAAAUGAACCUCAAUCACCAAGAAGACUGUCCAUUUCUCAAGAACCAUCCACUCCUCAACCAUCAAGUCCAAGAACUGGACGAUAUUCCAGUACUCCACCUCAAAGAAAUCCACUUUUUGGUGAUGAUAAUAACACUAGUCAAAAGCCAAUUGGAAUUAAGGUUGGUUUUGUACCAACUGGAACAAUUGUGAGCACUUCACAAUUAAGAACUAACUAUGAUAAGAAGGAAAAUUUGAAUAAGGGUUUAGCCUCAUUUGUUUCUGAAAGAUUGGAAAGUCCAAAGAAGGUUAUAAGGUCACAAACACCACAAACAGAUGUUAAGAGAUCAUCCAAGAAAUUGUACAGUGAUAUCAAACAACAAACUGAAAUUAAUAUUGAAAGAGGAGAAAUUGAUACCACAACAGCUAGCCCUAGAAGAAGAAACCAAAGCAUACCUCCUCAAGAUACAAAGCAAGCAAUUUUAAGCAAAGUAGAAGAACAUCAUAAAACUGCUCGAGAUGCAUUCAGAAAGAUUAGUAGCAGUGGUAAAAACAUUGCCUCUGUUACUAUUAAUGAAAUGCAAAAAGCAUUGAAGGACAUGAAUUUACACAUACCAAGCGAUGAACUGAAGAAGACUUUUGAAGUUAAAGAUAACACUGAAAAGAUUAACUUUGAAAAGUUUGCUUCUGUAAUCAAACCUUCACAGAUCGAACCAACACCUCAAGAGCCAAGAUAUGCUUCUCCACCAAUGUCUCCUAGAUCUCAAUUAGCUGUACAAAAUAGAAACCAACAAUCCUCACUGAAAGAAUUAUUGAACUGGGAUUCCAAGAAAGCAGUUACAAAUGUUUCCACAUCUCCUUCAAGAUCUCAAUCAGUUCCUACCAAAAAGGAUGUUUUUAGAGGAAGUGGAAAUAUUAUCACUUGGAUGUAA